AUGCCCCAGGAAAACUCAAAAGUGUCCGAACCCGACGCGACCGCCCAGGCCGCCGCCGAAGAUGUCGCCGAGUCAAGCAAGCCAAACGUCGCAGCCGAGUCGGCCGAUGAGAGCGAAGAGGAGGCAGGAGCGGUAGAGGGCAGCGGGGAGAAGAAGAGCCGGAAGCGCAGGAUCAAGGACGCGCUCACGGGCAAGGGCAAGGCACCCGAGAUCACGUCGACAGAAUCGCCAGCAGGAGGACACCUCAGCAAGGACCAGAUGAACGAGCUGCUCGAAUCAAAUCCUGCGCUGAAACAAGAGCUGCUGGCAAAGUCAAAGGGCCCCAAGGACCUCGAGCAGAUGAUCCGCAAACUCAACAUCAACGAGAUGCUGACGGGGCUGGCGCCAGGCGGAAAGAACACCAAGGACAUGGCCAGCCACGCCUUCUGGAAGACACAGCCGGUGCCCAGCUUCGACGAGAUGGCGAACAAGGAGAAAAUACAGGACGGGCCAAUCAAGGAAGUCAAGAUUGAAGAGGUCGACAAGAACCCCAGCCCCAUGUACCCUGGCUUCGAAUGGGUGACCAUGGACUUGGAGGAUGAGAAGCAGUUGGAGGAGGUGUAUGAUCUGCUCACAAACCACUACGUCGAGGACAAGGACGCGACGUUCAGGUUCAGAUACUCGCCAUCAUUCCUGAACUGGGCACUGAAAGCACCGGGCUGGAAGAAGGAAUGGCACGUCGGUGUGCGCGCAACCGCCUCUGGCAAACUGGUUGCCUUCAUCUCUGGCAUCCCCAUCUCCCUGCGCGUUUCGCGAAAAGACGCUCAAAAGCUGCGCGCCAAACGCCUCACUCCCGUCCUCAUCAAGGAAAUCACUCGCCGCUGCUACGUCGAAGGCACCUUCCAGGCCGUAUACACCGUCGGCUCCCUGCUGCCCACACCCGUCUCAACAUGUCGCUACUUCCACCGCGCCAUCGACUGGGAAAAGCUGUACGAUGUAGGCUUCUCGCCUCUUCCCCACGGCAGCACGAAACAGCGACAAGUCAUACGCUACAAACUCCCAGACGUCACCGCGACCCCAGGCCUCCGCCAGCUGGAAGCAAAAGACGUCGACGCGGUAGUCGACCUGCUCAGGCGCUAUCUCGAGCGCAUGGACAUGGCGCAGGUCUUCGACAAGGACGAAUUCGAGCACUGGAUGGCGCCGACGGAAAAGCCGCAAGAACAGGUCGUGUGGAGCUAUGUCGUCGAGGACCCGCAGACCAAGAAGAUUACAGACUUCUUCUCGUUUUACAACUUGGAGAGCACGGUGCUGGGCAACAAGAAGCACAAUGUCGUCAAGGCCGCGUAUCUGUUCUACUAUGCGACGGAAGUCGCGUUUGAGAAGGAUGAUGCGAAGCUCAAGACCAGGCUGAAUGCGUUGAUGAGGGAUGCGUUGAUUUUGUCGAAGAAGGCUGGCUUCGACGUCUUCAAUGCCCUCACUCUGCUCGAUAACCCGCUCUUCCUUGAGGACCAGAAGUUCGGCGCGGGAGACGGCUCGCUGCACUACUACCUGUACAACUACCGCGCGGCGCCGAUUGGUGGCGGCAUCGAUGCGCGGAACCAGUCGAGUGCCAAACACAUGGGCGGCAUUGGGCUGGUCAUGCUGUAGAAGGUGUACGAAAGUAGGACUAGUUGGAUUGUGUACAUGAGCAUUGGAUGCAUGAUGUGAUAUGAUAUGAUGUGAUAUGCUGAGUGUAUCUAGCAACAAGGAAAAGCCGCGGCCCAGGUAUACGCCGUGAAUGCAAAUGCGCCUUCAUAUCUAC